UCUGCGGCUCUUUACCUCCUCGGCUCCUCAGAGUGAUGACAUCUUGAGGGAGACUUCUGCUCCAGAGACUGAACUGGUUUCCACAGCCAACAUGAAUGAGGUGAAGAUUGCCGUGCUGGGGGGUGAAGGCGUUGGCAAAUCAGCUCUCAUCGUCCGGUUCCUCACCAGGCGUUUUAUUGGCGAGUAUGCAUCCUCCUCAGAGUGCGUGUACAGGAAGUGUCUGUCUGUGGAUGGGAGGCAGGUUCAUCUGGAGCUCUAUGACCCCUGCUCUCAGGCCUGUGAGGGUAAGUCUGCUUUGAACAGCCAGAUCCACUGGGCUGAUGGUUUCAUUUUGGUGUACGAUAUCAGCGACCGCUCCUCCUUCCUCACCGCCAAAGCCACCGUGCACCUCAUCCGAGAGCUGCACCUGGGAUCUGCCAAAAGGGACGUACACUCACUCAUAUUUCUGGUGGGCAACAAACAGGACCUGUGCCACAUGCGGGAGGUGCAACGUGAGGAGGGUCAGCGUCUGGCCGCCGAGUCUCACUGCCAGUUCUACGAGCUGUCGGUGGCUGAGCACUACCAGGAGGUGGCGCUCAUAUUCUCCAAGAUGGUGCAGAAGGCCAGCCAGGGCAGCAAAGCCAAGGAACGCAGGAGGCGCCCGAGCGGCUCCAAGUCCAUGGUCAAGCUCAUCAACAACGUCUUCGGCAAGAGGAGGAAAUCAGUGUGACGUGUCGUGUACGAGGACGGCCGUCAGUCAAGACCGGGACGAAUGGCUUCAUACCAUCAUUAUCUUUAGUGUUGCUAUUUAUUAACAUUGAACUGACACAGUGUAGAAUCCAUGGUUUGGCUCGUAACUCGGCUUUAAAUGUUUCUCUCGCUUGAUCACCGAUCAUGAUUGGACCAAUAUUGUCUCAUGACACAAGACAAAACAUACACUUUCCUUAAGCUUUAAAUGAUUAACAUGUGUUUUAGUGUUGGCGUAUUGCAGCUCCUUCGUCCUGCAUCGUGGUAUGAGAUGGUGCUCGCUUGUAACGUGGUUUGUCGUCAGUGUCAGAAGCUUAAAACUUAUCUCACGCGACUAGAGUAGGGAUGUGGCGCUGGACACAGACGUUCCGAAAAGCUGUGUCGGGAUUCCGAAGCGAUUCAGGUGUACAGACGCGAUCCUUUUCAAGACACAAGGCUCUUAUUUUGAAACAUGUGACAGGAAAGACUUGCGUUAAGCUUGCCAGGCACGACUCAAGGUGUGACAACGUGGUGAUCACGUACAUCAUCACAAGCAUGAUUGGCUGAAAAGACGUCAGGUGAGAAGAGACGUGUAAACACAGACGUGAUCCAUAUUUUACUACAGAUUACAACUGAUAACACUAAGUGCCACAAAAUGAUUAAUUAUGGUACACCACACGUUAUUGAUCACACAUCGUACAGAAGGCAAAAUUAUCGCACAAAUAUGUUAAUUAUCGUAAAUCUGGCAACACUGCUUCAUGUAUUUAGUAUUUAUGACUCCCGAGGGAUGAGACUAUUAAACGUGGAGUUUAUCAUCUAUUGUGUGGGAGUAAAUGUUUUUUUUCUGUCAAAUAAGUUGUAUUACAUUGUUCAAUAUCCAUAUUAAACAUGGAUGACUCCUUCCUUAGUAAGCUGAUGUCAGCCCUUCAGCUCGUUCUCCCACAUCAGUCUACACGGGCAGUGUUAUAGAUAAUAAUGUGCUGCAGCAUACAAAUAACCAACUGUUCAGGUUUAUUACACAGAACGCUUGUUGACAUAUGUUGCUGUCACUGGGCUAAGCCGAAUUAAAACUAAUGUUGUUAUGGCUGUAACACCGCUGACGUUUUUACAGCUCAGCUGAAUUCCAACACAUAUAUCUACUAACAGGAGCAUAAAUAGAAACAUAUAUAUUGUGUUUGAAAGAAUAAACCAACUGUUCUAUAUCGUAAUAACCAGGUAACAGGUGUAUUUACAAGUUGCUAUCUUUUUGAUGCCAAGACCUGAGACUCGACAUCCUGUGUAAUUCUUCAUCAUCAC